CAAAGAGUUCAAGCUUGAAAAGGAAGUGAGGAUUGCUGACUAUAAAGCAGACCUUUGAGUGGCUAAGAAAUUUCCCUUUUACAGAUUUGUCAAGCGAAAUAAUUGUAGAUUCCACUGAGCUCCAUUAAAUGAGUAGGUAGCUUGGACUUUAGUGAAGAGAAAUGGGUGAUACCUAUUUUCCAGAGUACGAUCCCACUCCCUAUGGAGGCGGUCUGGAUCUGGAAGAACUGUAUGGAAAACCCAUUGUACCCUCUGAGAAAUCCUGCUAUGCCCCAUCUGAGCCUGCCUCUUCUCUUGCGGAUGGGGAGGAGGAUGACAAAGCAUCUGUGAUUUCUGCAUACGGGGUUGAAUUGCCCGAUUUCGAAAUUGAUAAGAGGAAUUCUUCCCCCAAGGGCAAACAGGAGGAAAAGGGUUCAGCUGCUGAACCCUGGAAACCCAUUUAUCCAGCCCCUGAAUAUCACCUAAGGGACUCAGAUCUGGUUCUCCCUUUCUGCAAUUGUGCUACGCCCAAUCACUGCACCUGCCCUUAUAAUAUUUUCUCUUUUAACAACUGCCAAGAGGAGGAGGAAGGGGCAGAGGAAGAAGACUGCAUAUAUACCCACCAUGAUCCUUCCUCUCCAGAGCAUGUGGCCAACAAAGUGGCUCAAUGGUUGUUUUCCAGCAGUUACAUAUGAAUGUGGAGAGCCAUCUGUAUGCUUCUCUAAUUUCUGUUGUGCAGUAUUUAUUAUCAGAUUCUGUUUGUUAAUUCGUGUAUGUGCAUGAAAACAAGAAUGCCUCUGUUUCCUUUGAAGUAAGCAAAUUCUUUCUCCUUCUUGUCUGCUCAGGCAACCUUGGCAGACAAAACUCUUCAUAUUGGUACAAUUACUUCCCACACCAUAGGGCUGACCCUGAAUCAGGCAGUUAACUAAUAAGUUUACUGUUUUGAGGUUGUCAGCUGAUAGGUCUAGACCCUUCUGUAAUGUGGAGAAUGAAUUGGAAUUAGACAUUUUUAAUAAUAUUUUCUUCAUCAGAUUGAAAGCUAA